CGGACACGCGAUACCUAGCUGUCAAAAGCAGGAAGUUAACAAUGUAAAGCAUCUGUCGUUUCUUUCAUUCCCUUUUCUUUCAUCUGUUUUCCGCCCUGUGUGACGUCACAAAGUGCAUAUGGACCCGUCGCUUUAUGCUCUGUAAGGCAAACGGCAUGCUAGCCAAACAAUUAUUCAAAAAAAGGACAUCCAGACAAACGUGACACUGAUGCUGAUGAUAAGCCCCAGGAUGGCAUCGAGUAUGCAAGAGAAACAAUACACACCAUCUCUGCUCAGUUUCUUCAUUUACAACCCCACAUUUGGACCACGGGAAGGAGAGGAAGAGAAGAAGAUACUGUUUUAUCACCCCAGUGAUGUGGAGAAGAAUGAGAAGAUCAGAAAUGUUGGCCUUUGUGAAGCCAUCGUUCAGUUCACCAGGACAUUCUGCCCAACCAAACCAGCAAAAUCCCUGCACACACAGAAGAAUCGGCAGUUUUUCUUUGAGCCUGAGGACAAUUUCUGGAUGGUUAUGGUGGUUCGAAACCCGAUGAUCGAAAAACCCAAUAAAGAUGGAAAACCUCCCACGAUAGAGUAUCAAGAAGAGGAAAUACUUGACACAGUCUAUGGUGCAGUGGUAAAGCAAUGCUACAAUAUGUAUAAGCUUUUCAAUGGUACCUUUGAGAGAGCCAUGGAAGCCGGCGGAGUGGAGCUGCUAAUACAGAAGAUUGAAAAGUUCUUCUACAGGUAUCUACAGACUCUCCACCUGCAGUCCUGUGACCUGCUGGAUGUAUUUGGAGGCAUCAGUUUCUUCCCGCUGGACAAGAUGACUUACCUGAAGAUCCAGUCGUUUGUCAACCGGGUGGAGGAGAGCCUCAGCCUCAUCAAAUACACAGCCUUCCUGUAUAACGACCAGCUCAUAUGGAGCGGCCUGGAACAAGACGACAUGAGGAUCCUGUACAAGUACCUGACCACGUCGCUUUUCCCCAGGCACUCUGAGCCGGAGCUGGCUGGCAGGGACUCUCCACUGAGGCCAGAGGUUGCAGGCAAUUUGUUGCACUAUGGGAGGUUUUUGACAGGACCUUCAAAUCUUAAAGAUCCUGAGGCCAAGUUUCGUUUCCCUAAAAUAUUUGUCAGCUUAGAGGAUGGCUAUGAGGAGCUACAUCUGAUUGUUUAUAAGGCAAUGAGUGCUGCCACUUGCUUUAUGAUCAACGCCUCUGUGGAGUUGACGAGGGAGUUCUGUGAGCAGUUGGAUGGAUUAGUGGGCCCGCAGCUCACCUUGCUGGCAUCUGAUAUAUGCGAGCAGUUCACCAUCAACCGCAGGAUAUCAGGGCCAGAGAAAGAGCCCCAGUUUAAGUUCAUCUACUUCAACCACAUGAACUUGGCAGAGAAAAGCACUAUACACAUGAGGAAGACGGCCAGUGUCUGCCUCACUUCUGUCCACCCUGACCUUAUGAAGAUCUUGGGGGACGUCAACUGUGACUUUGCCAGAGUUGAUGAAGAUGAAGAAGUCAUUGUAAAAGCAAUGACCGACUACUGGGUUGUUGGCAAGAAGUCAGACCAGAGAGAACUGUAUGUGAUAUUAAAUCAGAAGAAUGCCAAUCUGAUAGAAGUCAAUGAGGAGGUAAAGAGGCUUUGUGUGACGCAAUUCAACAACAUAUUCUUCCUGGACUAAUGGAGUGGACACGAAAACCACACUACAAACUUGUCAGUGUUGCAGGGUACAACGGCAACGUUCAUGUAAUGCAAUAACUGCAUUGUAAAAAAAAAAAAAGAAAAAACAAAGUUCUCACCUUAGUUUUUUAUUCUAACCUUUACAAUGUAAUUUCCUUUAUGUAAUUAAUUGAAAAAUUCCUCUAUGUGUACUUUAUUAUGUCUUUGUCUUUGCACAUUAUUUCUUGUGUUUCCUAUCAUGGAACAUUUUUUCUUUGUCUCAAACUUCUAAAUCUACUUCUAAUUCAGGUUAUUUUCGUCACCAAUCAGUUUUUAAAAAGGAUCUCCUGUCAAAAAUAGUCAUUUGUAAACAACACAACUACAUUUGAAUAAAUUAUGUAGUAAUUUUA